CUGUGGGAAACAAGCAACAACAGAAAAGUAAUAAUGAGUUGAAAACAAUUCAGUCUUAAGCACAGCCAAGGAGAUGAAAGCCCCAGAACACCUCUCUUCCCAGCGCUCCCGGCCCGGGGCGGAGCACUUGCCAGCCAAAUGAGGUGGGAAGCUUGUACCCGGAGAGGCGCUGGAGGCGGGGCCCCGGGACUGUUCCCCCCGGGAGCUGCGCUGUGGGCCCCUCCCGGAUUCUAGCGGACGCCGGGCGCGGGCACUGCAGCGGGUGUGCAGUUAAAAGGCAGCUACCGAGCGGGCAGUGGAGCGGAGUGUUCGUGGGUCACCGGCUGCAGGCGCGAUGAGACCGGGAGAGGAGCGGCCCUUGGAGGGGGGCGCUUGCAGCGGCGUCUCCCAGCUGGAGCUGCUGAAGCUGCGCGCCGCGGAGCGCAUUGACGAGGCGGCCGAGCGCCUGGGGGCCCUGAGCCGCGCGAUCUGGAGCGAGCCCGAGCUGGCCUACGAGGAGCACCGGGCCCACGGCGUGCUGACGCGCUUCUUCGAGCGCGAGCCUCCAGCUGCCUCUUGGGCAGUGCAGCCGCACUACCAGCUGGCCACGGCCUUCCGCGCAGAGUGGGAGCCGCUGGGGGUCCUUGCGGCGCGGCGCCCGCUGCAGCUGGGCUUCCUCUGCGAAUACGACGCGCUGCCCGGCAUCGGGCACGCCUGCGGCCACAACCUGAUCGCCGAGGUCGGGGCGGCGGCCGCGCUGGGCGUGAAGGGGGCCCUGGAGGGGCUCCCCGGGCCGCCUCCGCCGGUGAAGGUAGUUGUCCUGGGAACGCCUGCAGAAGAAGAUGGUGGUGGCAAAAUUGAUUUAAUUGAAGCAGGGGCUUUUAAAAAUCUUGAUGUUGUUUUUAUGGCCCACCCAUCCCAAGAGAAUGCUGCUUAUUUACCUGAUGUGGCUGAACAUGAUGUGAUUGUGAAAUACUAUGGAAAAGCAUCUCAUGCUGCUGCAUAUCCCUGGGAAGGAGUAAAUGCAUUAGAUGCUGCCGUUCUCGCCUACAACAAUCUGUCUGUGUUGAGACAGCAAAUGAAACCAACCUGGAGAGUUCAUGGCAUAAUAAAAAGUGGUGGUGUAAAACCCAAUAUCAUUCCGUCUUAUUCUGAAUUAAUCUAUUACUUCCGUGCACCCUCAAUGAAAGAACUUCCAGUUUUGACCAAAAAGGCAGAAGAUUGCUUCAGAGCUGCAGCUUUGGCUACUGGGUGUACAGUAGAAAUUAAAGGUGGAGCACAUGAUUAUUACAAUGUUCUUCCCAAUAAGAGCCUAUGGAAAGCUUAUAUUGAAAAUGGAAAAAAACUGGGAAUAGAAUUUAUUUCAGAAGAUGCAAUGUUGAAUGGCCCUUCAGGAUCUACUGAUUUUGGAAAUGUUACUUUUGUGGUUCCUGGGAUUCAUCCAUAUUUUUACAUUGGAUCUAAUGCCUUGAAUCAUACAGAACAAUAUACUGAAGCUGCAGGGUCACAAGAAGCUCAGUUCUACACUUUGCGUACGGCCAAAGCUCUGGCAAUGACUGCGUUGGAUGUUAUUUUUAAACCGGAGUUGCUGGAGAGAAUCAAAGAGGACUUUAAAUUGCAACUUCAGGAAGAAGAGUUUUUAAAUACAGUAGAAUAAACGGAAGACCUAGGAGCCACUUAUGGAUCAUUAAGAAGUACUGAUUUUUUUCUUGAAUCUUUUUUAAUAAUGGAGGAGGGCAUGCUUAAUUUUUAGUCUUAAGGGAAUCAAAUUCCUCUUACCUGAAGAGGGAGGCCAUGAUCCAUGAUGCGGAGAAAACACAUUACCUCAUAUCUAAAAUGAAAAAUUUCAGGGGUGCCUGGCUGGCUCAUUCAGAGGAGUGUUCAACUCUUGAUCUCAUGUGGUUGUUGAGUUUGAGCUGAUACGUAAUGGCAUUUCUUUUCUUUUCUUUUCUUUUCUUUUCUUUUUUUUUUUUUUUUAAGAUUUUUAAGUAAUCUCUACAUCCAACAUGGGGCUCAAACUCACAAAGCCACAAGAUUAAGAGUUGCACGCUCCUCUGUCUGAGCUAGCUGGGCACCCCUGUAAUGGCAUUUCUUUUUCUUUUUCCAUUUCUUUUGCGAUGGCAUUUCUUAAUCUGGAUGAUCCAUGGCUUAUCAGUGAUAAUAUUUUAUAAAUUCAUAUGCUGUGGAGCUAUAUUUUAAAAGAUCAGGGGAUUUCAAACUUUAGAAUUGAUCCAUGAAAGAUUUUUUUCUUUCUUUCCUUCUUUCUUUUUUUUUUUGGUAUAGGAUGGUAAAAUAAUUUUAUAUAGUUUUAAAAUAGUUUAAAAUUCAGGUUCUAAAUUUAGAAAAAGUUCAUUUUGAACAUCUGAUUAUAUCUAUGUUGACUUAGAGAAUCUUUUCAUUGAUAGUAAAAGCAGGAUUUUAAUCAGAAAUGCUGUGGGAAACAACUAGAAGUUCAGUACGAAGAAUAAGCUUCAGUUUUACCAUUUGAAGGAAAAUGAAUAUGUUUUUUUUUUUUUUUUUUUACAUAAUUAACUCUGAGAAGUGGCAUUAAAGUGCUAUUCCUAAUUCUGUAUUUCUGUAUUAGGAAAACAUAUAGACAGAUAGGGUUAGACUUUUCCUGUGAAGUGUUUGCUUGGUAGCAUAUUCUAGAGGGACUUACUGAGAAAGGAGCAAUGUCCAUUUGCUUUGAGUGUCAGCGUCAUGUAACUGGUCACCUCUACCCAGCAGCCCUAUUCAGACUUCUGCUCAGAAGUCAGCCUGUCCAGUUUACUGAGUUUAAGGGACAGAAUUCUAAGCCUUCUUAGGCCCCAUGCUCUCUCAAUAUUAAUUUAAAAGUAUUCUAAGUUUUUCUUGGUUCUUAGUGUGAGUUUCUUGAACAUGGUAAAAGAAUGUGAAAAAAGUACCCGGUAAAACAAAUCCUUUAAGCUGUGAAUAUAGUAAACCUCUAGUGUACUUUGUUUUAAAGGAACUCCUCAAAGUUGAGUGUAUUCCAAAAACAUAGGGGGAAGAGGAAAGUAAGCGUUUGGCCUCUUCUGCCACAAGCAAGUCACUCAGGGCCAGGAGCCUUGAGGUCCCCACUUGGAAAGUUAGAUCACUUAUCCCUACAGUGCUUUGAACCUCUAAGUUCCUGUUCAAUCUGAGAUUAUUUAAAAUUGAAAAAAAAGACAGGUGUAAUUUUGGAGACAGUUAGUAGUUGAGAAUUGCUUUUCUUCUAUAUCAAGGGACUACAAGCUAUGGCCUCAUUUGGUAAGCACCUGAUUGUAUAUGGCCAGCAUGCUAAAAGUAAUCCUUACCUUUUUUUUUUUUUUUUUUAAUAUUUGUUUAUUCUUGAGAGGGAGAGAGACAGAGCACCAGUGGGAAUGGGGAGAGUGAGAGAGGGACACAGAAUCUGAAGCAAGCCCCUGGUUCUGAGCUGUCAGCACAGAGCCUGAUGCGGGGCUUGAACUCAAGAGCCAUGAGAUCAUGACCUGAGCUGAAGUUGGACGCUCAACCACCUGAGCCACUCAGGCACCCCAAUCCUUACAUUUUUAAGGGAUCUUAGGGGGAAAAAAAGCAUCAGAGACCAAGACCAGAUCAUGUGACCUCUAAAACUUAAAAUAUUUACUACCUGGCCCUUUAUUUUACUUAUUUUUUUUUUCAAUAUACGAAGUUUAUUGUCAAAUUGGUUUCCAUACAACACCCAGUGCUCAUCCCAACAGGUGCCCUCCUCAAUACCCAUCACCCACCCUCCCCUCCCUCCCACCCCCUAUCAGCCCUCAGUUUGUUCUCAGUUUUGAAGAGUCUCUUAUGGUUUGCCUCCCUCCCUCUCUUUUUUUUUUUUCCUUCCCCUCCCCCAUGGUCUUCUGUUAAGUUUCUCAUGAAAACAUAUGGUAUCUGUCUUUCUCUGUGUGACUUAUUUCACUUAGCAUAACACUCUCCAGUUCCAUUGCGACAAAAUGGCCCUUUACUUUAAAAAGUUUGCCAGUCUUUGUCCUGUGUAACAGUAAAAUAGAAUGUUUGUCUUUGACUUCCAUCAUAUCAUCAAAUCUUCUCCUAAGAUAAAACUUCCAGCCUUUGAAUUGAAAACAUGGAGAAAAGUGUUUAGAUGGCAGUGCCCUGGCGCUGACCGCUGUAAUGCGUGGGCAGUUUGUCUUCGUUUGGAGUUCUGGAACUUCAGAAGUUUGUUUCUUUUAGCAUUUACUUCGCUCUAAGAUACAGCUACCCCAGUGCCUUAAGACUCCUCUAUGCAAGCCAGCCUUCCAGCUCUUCACAUCAGCUUUUAGAACUGGAUCUUCACGACAUGCUUUGUCUGAUUAUUUGUAACUGCAAAUAGCGCUAUUACAGACGAGAGACGGAUCAGCAGAGGCUUCAGGCUGAGACUUGGGUAUAUCCAAGAUCACCGGUUUAUAUGGAUGGAAUUAGUUUCCUCAUUAUCAACUUAAUAAAUUUCCCAACUACAGGUUUUAAAUUCCUUUUAUAAGACUUGUACUCUAAGGAGCACAGUUUUAUCUUCUAAAGCCACGAUAACUUUCUAGAACAGUGAUUGUUAACAGGUAAACCAACACACUAAUAUUCUCUUGUUUCUUGUGAAGUGUCCCAAGUUCAUUGUUAUUCAUACAAAGUAUUUUGUGUUUUGUUUGUGAUUGAUUUACUUUUUAAAAACAAAUUAGAGAAAAUUUCAGGUUAGCGAUCCCGUUACUGAUUCACUUGCACUCUGAUAAGUGUUCUCGCAUGAGAGAACGAGAACGAGGUGUGGUGUUGCAGCUGGGGUGAAGGUAUAGUCUGCACCAGCACUAUCUGCCAUAAGCCACAGUGUGGAACUAAUGCUGAUGUGCCACUGAGAUUUGCGUCCCAUCUGAGUGUCUGUAAUACUGUAUUUUCCUUCCAAUUUUUGAAAACUCUGAUCAGAAUACAGAUUUAUUCAUUGGAACAUGUCAUGGAUUUAUCACAUCAGAAGAGGUUGAGAACUGAUUCUCUAGAGUCUAUCCAGAAGGAUGGUGUUUGUUGUUGUUGUUGUUUAUAAAGUUUAUUUAUUUUGAGAGAGAGAAUCCCAAGCAGGCUCUGUGACAGCACAGAGCCUGACAUGGGGCUCAAACCCAUGAACCGUGAGUUCAUGACCUGAGCUGAAAUCAAGUGUUGGAUGCUUAACUGACUGAGCCACCCAGGUACCCCUGGUGUUUCGGGUUUUUUUUUUUUUUAGUCCUAGAUCUUACCUUGACAUUUUAUAUUAUUUUACUUUAAUAGUAUUUAGUAUAAUUCAGAUUCUUUAAAUCCCUUUCUGUUUUUUAUAUACCAGUGAGUUGAGCCACAUUACACUAAAAAGUAUAAAUAAAUACAUACAUAAAGGCCGAAGUCAAAAUCUCAUUCCAGAGGAACCAGUUAUCACCAGUAUUCAUUAUGCCAUUUGAAUUUAGGAGAUUGCUUCCUUCGUAACAUAGAUUUUCCUUUUGGAACUAAGCUCUUUCUAUACCCUCCUACUUCAGUGGCACGUUUCCUAAGUAACAGUGCUGAAUUUUCAUAAACGUUUGUACUUGGCUUAAAUUACCAUGGUUGGUUGGUUCUCACAGGAUGCAUUAAAUCUCCAGAGAUUUUGGAAGAUAAACAAGGAAGCACUAGGUUACAGGCGAACAGUGUCACUUUUAGAUAAGGAAGGGUUAUAUUGAGCUCUUUAUACAUAAAAGAGGAUUGCUUGGUUUUAGGAGGUUAACAAAUGAAUAGGACUUUUUAAAAUUUAUAACUUCGUGUCUUGUUUUUGAGGAAACUCACAGACCGUGAGAUCAUGACCUGAGCCGAAGUCGGAUGCUUAACCAACUAAGCCACCCAGGCACCCCUAUUACGUGCCUUUUUAAUGAUCUUUCAUUGCUUGUAUCCUGAAAUGAAAGUCUUUUUCUCCAAUAUUAACUUUUAGCUAUCUUUGUUAAAUUAACAGACUUUAAAAGGUAGAAGCCAAUUUGAUGAUUUGAAUUUAAUUACAGACUGAAAAUGUUUUCAGUGACUUAACUUUAAAAGCAGGCCUGACUACAGAAUGUGAAUAAAACAAUUAUGUGGUACUAUUAAUUACUAAGUUGCUAUAUACCAUAUAAUAGGACUGAGUAUAGCUAAUAUUUAGCUUGUCUCUUUUUGGACUGCUUUUCAUAUUUUAUGAACUAAGGAAAUUUAUCCUUUUAAUUGCUUCUUUGUAUAGCACCCAAAAGGGCUGGGGCAUUUAGCAUAAACUAGAACAUUUUCAUGUGUUUAUGAAAGUGUAUAAACUGAAAGUGUUUUGAUUUCCCAGUCUUCCAAAGGCCUAUUUAUUUGUUGAUAUGUUAUGUUGAUAUUUUAACUGUUAUAAUUUCAGCAGUUGAGUUCAGUGAACAUUUCUUGAGGACUGCCUACUUCUUUUUUUUUUUUUUUUUUUUUUUAACGUUUAUUUAUUUUUGAAACGGAGAGAGACAGAGCAUGAACGGGGGAGGGUCAGAGAGAGGGAGACACAGAAUCGGAAACAGGCUCCAGGCUCUGAGCUGUCAGCACAGAGCCCGACGCGGGGCUCGAACUCACGGACUGCGAGAUCAUGACCUGAGCUGAAGUCGGCCGCUUAACCGACUGAGCCACCCAGCGCCCCAAGGACUGCCUACUUCUAAGCACAGGGUGGUAAGAAGAAUAAACUUAUGCCUGAAAAAACUAGUGGUUGGUGGUGAGUCCUCAUAAGAUUUACUUCAUCUGAAAGGAAAUCAUCCGAAAGCUACUAUCUUGGAAAUUUUUGAGGAAAAAAAUACCUGAGUCAAAAAAAAAAAAAAAAAAAAAAGUAAAUAAAUAAAUAAAAAUACCUGAGUUGUGUCAGUUUGUUUGGAUAGAAGAAAUUGAUAUUAAAAGUCUUUUUUAAAAAAGAAUGAUUACCUAGUACUUUUUUUUUUUUUUAAACCUUUCUGAUAGUUGUUUUUUAUACGUUUCUUAGUUUUUACCUGAAGCAUCUCUUUAGUCUUCUGGAAAAUGUCCUACAUAGCAUACUAGCCUUGAAACUAUCAAAAAUAAAUGUUCAUUGUAAAAUCCGGUAUCUUUGUGCUAGCAAUGCUUUAUAAGACUAUAAGUUAUGAUAAAUUACUUUAUCUUUUUUACAUCAGGCAUUUUGCAGUUCAUUGGUGUAGUUGAGGAUGAUGCAUUUUGAUAUGUAUCAAGUUAAUAUUUUCAAAUCAGCAGUCUCUACUACCAUCAGGUGAUAGUAGUUUUUGUAAUUUCAAUAUGUACAUACGAAAGUGUGUAUGAAAAAAAUCUAAAGUGAUAACAAAUAUGUUUAAUAGCCA